AUGGCACACGACCUCUACCGCAGCGCACUCCGUGCUCGGAUUUCAAAACUACCAGACUUGCCACCAUGGGAUACCCGAGCGACUCAAGAGGAGGAUGUGGAUAUGAGUACAAGCACGGGCAUGGGUGCAGGGGAAAAAGGAGAGAGAGAGGGAGACGUUGAUGAGGAGAUGGACGACGAAGCUGGCAUUGGGGACCUUCCUAACCUGAGUAACGCCCUCCCCCGCCUCACACACCGUUCCCGUACACCAGUAGACUACACCCCCUUAAGCGCAGAAGGCUACUUCGACCAAUCGCUCUCCCUCCUCCUCCCUUCCCGGGAACUCGAUGUCAGGCUAUACUACACCCCUGCCCUCAUCGGCCCUGAGGGGGGGAACGGAGCACUCGUGGUCGCGCAUCAUGGAGCCGGGAGUGGAGCGUUGAGCUUUGCGAGUUUCGCACGGGAAGUCGGGGUACAGAGUAAGGGGGAAUGUGGUGUCCUAGCCGCAGACUGUAGAGGGCAUGGGAAAACCCGUUCCACCUCCUCGUCGGAAGAAGGCGACCUCCUACUCUCCCAGCCCGACCUGUCAAAAGACCUCCUAACCCUGCUCACAACCCUCUUCCCUUCCCCUUCCCAGGCACCUAGCCUCGUCCUCCUCGGGCACUCGAUGGGCGCUUCUGUCGUCCUGGGAGUACUGGACGAGCUCCUCGAAAAGGGGUAUCAGGUAACAGGCAUAGGGGUGCUGGAUGUUGUCGAAGGGACAGCACUGGAAGCCUUGCCCCAUAUGCGCAGUCUGCUGCUAACCCGUCCUCCCGGGUUCCCCAGCUUAGAGGCAGCAAUCCAAUGGCACGUGAAAAACAACACCCUGCGCAACGUCCAGUCCGCGCGGAUCUCCGUCCCUCCCCUGUUCGUGCCUGGCCAGAAUAACCAGGGCUGGGUCUGGAGAGCGCCGUUAGAGAAAACAGAGCCUUUCUGGGAAGGCUGGUUCACCAACCUCUCCUCCCGAUUCCUCACCGCCCGCACCGCCCGUCUCCUCCUCCUCGCAGGUACAGAAAGGCUCGACAAGCCCCUGAUGAUAGGCCAGAUGCAGGGAAAGUUCCAGCUGGUCGUCAUCCCCGGUGUGGGCCAUCAUUUGCAGGAAGAUGACCCGGCUAGGACUGCGGGGGUCGUAUUGGAGUUUUGGAGCAGGAAUGAGAGGGUUUUUGCGGGGGUUAAGAAGGUUGGGGAACGGUAGAUUGGGGACUGUGGGAAGAAUUGGGAGCUUAAGAGCCGUGCGGGGUGUACGAUAGGAAAUGGAAAUACAAGUCUCCGAUUCACGGGUUGUUAGUAGGUUGCCAU